CUUCUCUUCAUCUAAUCCAGGUCAUACGAAAGAAAAGGCCUUUGGAGAACCAAGAGAUCUGUUGGCUGCAUUUGGAUCUGUUGAUAGAGAGAGAAAAAAAUAUGGAGAAACAACACCCAGAAGAUCAAGGAGCUGAAAAAGUUGGGGAGACCGGGCCAAGAACCGGACAGAAGAUCCUGAAGGAGAAAGCCAUCAGUUCAGAGGUCCAGAGCUGGCACUUCGGGAGCAUCCAGUACCAAGAGUCUAAGGGUCCCCGAGAGAUUUGCAGCCAUCUCCACCACCUUUACCGUCAGUGGCUUCAGCCAGAAAGACACACGAAGGCUCAGAUGUUGGACCUAGUGAUCCUGGGGCAACUCCUGGCCCGUCUGCCCCUGCAGAUGGAGGGCUGGAUCUGGGAGUGUGGAGUAGAGACUAGUUCCCAAGCGGUGGCCCUGGCAGAAGGCUUCCUCUUAAGCCAGGCAGAGGAGGAGAAGCAGGAAGAGUCACAGGUCCCGGGAAGCUUCUUGGAGACAGUCAUGGAAAAUCCAGAGGAAGGGAGGGAGCUCUUUCUCAGAGGCGGCUCUAGGGAAGAUCAGCGUUGUGACUCUUCAGCAGACAGUGGGAUGACGUCCGUGGUGUUUGUAGGAUCUGCUCCUUCUUCUACCAUCUUUGAAAGAGCAGGUGGACCUCCAAGUCAGGGUCUCGUGUCCUUUGAGGAGGUGGCUGUGUAUUUCUCUGAGGAGGAAUGGUCCCAUCUGGAUGCUGGUCAGAAAGCCCUCCAUUGGGAGGUGAUGCUGGAGAAUUCAAAGAAUGUCGCCUUUGUGGAAAGAGCACAUGGGAGAGAGGGGAGAAAUUGCAACCAACAAUUCCAUGCACAUCAUCCUGAAGAAGAAGAUAAAGAGAAGUUGGCCAACGAAAUGGGAUCAAAAAGUUUGGAGAAGAAGCAACUCACCGAGGGAAUAAAUAAAAAAUCCAUUUCCCCAUGUGCUCCCGUUCAAGACUUUCUCGCCGAGCAAAAGCAUCAAGAAAAAAAGAAGAGAAAAUGUGCGGGGGAAAACUUGAAAGCAUGCGAAGAUAGAUUUGAUGUAAGCAAACCUUACAGGAGCCACCUGAUGGGAGAAAAAUAUCCCUACGGGGAGGUGAAAAAAUAUUCAGAUUGGACUUUCUCUACACACGGACACAUCAAUGUGGAAGAAAAGAUACAUAGCUGCAGGGAAUGUGAAGAAAGCUUUGUCAGCAACCAUUCCCUCAUUUCCCACCAAAUAACCGACGCAGGAGUGAAACCCUAUAAAUGCACGGAGUGUGGAAAGAGCUUCAGAAAAAGCGGAUACCUUACUUGUCAUCGAAGGAUCCACACAGGAGAGAAACCCUUCAAAUGCACAGAGUGUGGAAAGACCUUCAGCAAGAACAGUACCCUGACUUCCCAUACCUGGAGCCAUUCGGGAGAGAAGCCGUAUCAAUGCCCGGACUGUGGAAAGAGCUUCCGGUGGCACAGUCAGCUGACUUCCCAUAAAAGGAUCCACACAGGGGAAAAACCCUAUGAAUGCUCAGAGUGUGGGAAGAGUUUCUGCACGAGCAGCAGCCUCACUUCCCAUAAAAGGUGCCACUCCGUCCCCGUCGAGAAACCGUACAAAUGCCUAGAAUGUGGAAAGAGCUUCCGGGGUAGCAACGCCUUCGUUAAUCACAAAAGGAUCCACACUGAGAAGAAGCCGUACAAGUGCACGGAGUGUGGGAAAAUAUUCCAAAAGAAAUGUUCCCUUGCUUCCCAUAGAAGUAUCCACACAGGGGAGAAACCCUACAAAUGCUUGGAGUGCGGUAAGACCUUCCGGGAAAAUGGAUCGCUGACUUCUCACAAAAGGAUUCACCAAGGGGAGAGACCCUAUAAAUGCACAGAGUGUGGGAAGAGCUUUAGCAAAAGCUGGAACCUGAUUGCCCACAAAAGGAGCCACUCGGGCGAGAAACCGUAUAAGUGUAUGGAAUGCGGGGAGAGCUUUAUGUGGAACAGUCAGUUUACAUCGCACAAAAGUCUCCACACGGGGGAGAAACCGUAUAAAUGCGCAGACUGUGGGAAGGGCUUCAGCAAUAUCAGUCACCUGACUUCUCACAAAAGGAAACAUACGGGGGAGAAACCAUAUAUAUGUGCGGCGUGUGGGAAGAGCUUCAAACAUAACAGUUCCCUGACUUUCCACGAGAGGAUUCACACUGGGGAGAAACCAUAUAAAUGCACAGUGUGGCAAGAGCUUCCAUGAAAAGAGAUCUCUUCGUUCUCAUAAACUCAUCCACACAGGACAAAACCCAUAUAAUUCCUUGGAUCAUAGGAACGGCUUUAGAAAGAGCAAUUCCCUUAUUUCUCAUCAAGGUAUCCACUCAGGUGAGAACUCAUAGAAAUAUUAGCUUUACUUGGUUCCAUCCUUAUGUCUGUUCUUGGCCUGAACUAUGCAAAGUUCUUCCUCUGACUCCUGAAUUCAACUUGUACACCGCCCAACUCAACGAUUCGGCGAGAUUCUCAAGAAAACAAAAUUAUAAAGCUAUAAAAACAAUGCAACCAUAACAGAAGUUUAAAGGUCAAGGUAAACGUUCCCCUCACACAUAUGUGCUAGUCAUUCCUGACUCUAGGGGGCGGUGCUCAUCUCCGUUUCAAAGACAAAGAGCCAGUGCUGUCCGAAGACGUCUCCUUGGUCAUGUGGCCAGCAUGACUGAAUGGCAAAGGUGCACGGAACGCUGUUACCUUCCUACCAAAGGUGGCCCCUAUUUUUCUACUUGCAUUUUUUACGUGCUUUGGAACUGCUAGGUUGGCAGAAGUUGGGACAAGUAACGGGAGCUCACCCUGUUACGCAGCACUAGGGAUUCGAACUGCUGAAUUGCCUACCUUUUGAUCGACAAGUUCAGUGUCUUAGCCACUGAGCCACCACAUUUCUCAACAGAAGAAUACAUUCAUCCAAAUGCUUAUAAACUUGAUAGUAGCAAAUAUGGAAAGAUUUAAUUUCUUGAAGAAAACUUAAAACAGAAUCCUGCUCAUUUAUUUAAAUUUUGAGUAUUUCACCCUGUUCUUAAAAGAACAAAGGAAUUGCCUUUUUAAGCAUCUCAAAUUCUGGAGUAUUUCAUUCUUUGUGUUCAGACUUGUCGUAUUAUAUUCUUUGGCUCAGUUUUUGUUAACAGCGAUGACUCAUAUCCGAGAUUCCCAAAACGUACCAGCAAUGAGUAUGACGACUUAACACAUAUAGAUUUCACAGAAGAUAAUGUUGGAAAAGCUCUUCAUAACUUGAAACCAUUGCUAUCUAUUGGACCCGAUGGACUAUGUGCAUACUUCUUAAAAAAACUUUCCACUAAUAUAGCAGAACCCCUAAGCAUAACCUUUGAUAAAGCUUUUACUACCGGUUUUCUUCCUAAACUUUGGUCACUAGCCACAGUCAUCCCAAUCUUCAAAAAAGGAGACCCCAGCUUAGUCGAAAAUUACAGACCAAUCUCUGUGUGCUGCGUCACCUGCAAAGUCAUGGAAUCAAUCAUCAACCAAUCCAUCACCUCACACUUAGAAACAAACAACCUACUCUCUAAUAAACAAUUUGGUUUCAGGAAAAAAUUAUCAUGCAACUUACAACUUCUCCACUGUAAAAACAUACGGACUACAAAUCUUGAUCAAGGCAAAACAAUAGAUGCAAUCUACAUAGACUUCUGCAAAGCUUUCGACUCAGUAGUACAUGAUAAACUUCUCCUAAAACUAAAAUCCUAUGGCAUUUCAGGACCCCUUCACAAUUGGAUAUCUGCUUUUCUGUCUAACAGACAACAAGUGGUCAAAAUUGGCAAUGCUCUAUCAAAUCCUGUUCCUGUCAAGAGUGGCGUUCCUCAAGGCAGCGUUCUUGGACCAACACUCUUCAUAAAUGAUCUUUGUGACCAUAUCUCAAGUAAUUGUGUUCUCUUUGCUGACGAUGUCAAACUAUUUAACACCACAGACAAUACAUCUACCAUUCAAAAAGACCUUGAUCAUCUAACUGCUUGGUCUAAAACUUGGCAACUGCAAAUCUCAACCCGCAAAUGCUCAGUCUUACAUAUUGGAAAAAAGAACCCAAACACUAAGUACAUACUUGAUGGACAUUACCUUGCAGAUGACCCCCACCAUGUUAAAGACCUUGGAGUUUUCAUAUCAAAUGAUCUAAGUGCCAAAGCCCACUGCAACUACAUAGCAAAAAAGGCUCUAAGAGUUGUAAACCUAAUCUUGCGCAGCUUCUUUUCCAAAAACACUACACUACUAACCAGAGCAUAUAAAACAUUUGCUAGAUCAAUUCUAGAAUACAGCUCGCCUGUCUGGAACCCUCACCACAUUUCUGACAUCAAUACAAUUGAACGUGUCCAGAAAUAUUUUACAAGAAGAGUUCUUCACUCCUCUGAAAACAACAAAAUACCUUAUCCCACCAGACUUGAAAUCCUAGGCUUAGAAAACUUGGAACUCCGUCGUCUUCGACAAGACCUAAGUUUAACUCAUAGAAUCAUCUAUUGUAAUGUCCUUCCUAUUAAAGACUACUUCAGCUUUAAUUGCAAUAAUACAAGAGCAACCAAUAGAUUUAAACUUAACGUUAACCGCUUUUAUCUAGAUUGCAGAAAAUAUGACUUCUGUAACAGAAUCAUCAAUGCUUGGAAUACUUUACCUGACUCUGUGGUCUCUUCCCAUAAUCCCAAAAGCUUUAACCAAAAACUUUCUACUACUGACCUCACCCCAUUCCUAAGAGGACCAUAAGGGGCGUGCAUAAGAGCACAAACGUGCCUACCGUUCCUGUCCUAAUGUUUUUCUUUUCUUCUUCUUAUAUAUAUAUAUGCUUAUUCUUCCUAUUAUUUACUCAUAUAUAUGUUUAUACACUUCAUAAUCUUUUCUGUAUAAUACUUAUAUAUAUUGUGGUGACAAAAUAAAAAAAUAAAAAAAUAAAAAUAAAAUUAUGGUUUUACAAGUGUGCUGUAGGAUGCCCAAAUUGUUUUAUCUAACCUGAGUUUGGAAGCACGGCAUCCAGACAGACAUUUAACAUUUUUGGCCUGAACGGCCUCCUGCAGCACUUUACCAGCCAAAACAGGGUUUUGGGGGGCCGCGCACAGCCUCCCGUGCCUUGUUUUUGUCCUCCGUGGCCUCCUGCAGGAUUCUGCCAGCCACAACCGGGUGCACACUGCCAACCAAAAACAGGCCAUGCAGAGGCCUCGUGAGCACCUCGCAGGGCCUGUUUUCAGGUUCCCUGUUGUGACCGAGGCCCAAGUAGUGAUUACCAAACACAAUUCAGUCCAGAACAAACUUAUUGUAUUAAAACAGCUGAGAAUUUUUAUUAUUUAUUUAUUUAUUUUUGAAUUUAUAUCCCGCCCUUCUCCGAAGACUCAGGGCGGCUUACACUGUGUUAAGCAAUAGUCUUCAUCCAUUUGUAUAUUAUAUACAAAGUCAACUUUUAUUGCCCCCCAACAAUCUGGGUCCUCAUUUUACCUACCUUAUUAUAAAGGAUGGAAGGCUGAGUCAACCUUGGGCCUGGUGGGACUUGAACCUGCAGUAAUUGCAAGCAGCUGUGUUAAUAAUGUCCUCUACCAUCCUCUGGAGUCCAUUUAAACUCAGGCCUACUGCUUCAGUGACUCCAUCCAUCCACGUUGUUCUCUGUCGUCCCAUUCUUCUUUUGCCCUCAAUCUUUCCCAGCAUUAGGCUCUUCUCCAGUGAGUUCUUCUUUCUCAUUAGGUGGCCAAAGUAUUUCAGUUUCAUCUUCAAGAUUUGGCCUUCUAAAGAGCAGUCAGGGUUGAUCUCCUCUAGAACUGACUUGUUUGUUCGCCUUGCAGUCCAAGGGACUCGCAGGAGUCUUCUCCAGCACCAGAGUUCAAAGGCCUCAAUUCUUUGGCGCUCAGUCUUUCUUAUGGUCCAACCUUCACACCCAUCUAUACGCACUUUUGUUGGCAGGGUGAUGUCUCUGCUUUUUAGUAUGCUGUCUAGAUUUGCCAUAGCUUUCCUCCCCAGGAGCAAGCGCCUUUUAAUUUCUUGGCUGCAGUCCCCAUCUGCGGUGAUCUUGGAGUCCAGGAAAAUAAAAUCUGUCACUACUUUUAUUUCUUCACCAUCUAUCUGCCAGGAAUUGAGAGGGCCGGAUGCCAUGAUUUUAGUUUUCUUAAUGUUGAGUUUCAAGCCAACCUUUGCACUCUCCUCCUUCACCCGCAUCAAGAGACUCUUUAGUUCCUCUUCGCUUUCUGCCAUUAGAGUACCAUCUAUCCAUUAGGGUACCGUCAAUCAAACAAUGUCGAUUGGCGACACCCACAGGGAGGGCCUUCUCCAUGGGGGCUCCGGCCCUCUGGAAUGAGCUGCCUCCGGAGUCACGUCAACUCCCCCACCUCCGGACCUUUUGACGCGAGCUGAAGACCUUCUUGUUCUAUUGUGCAGGGCUGGCCUAACGUAUUUUAAAUGUGGGUUUUUUAUGGUUUUAUCAUUGUUUUAUCCAUUUCGGCCUAAUUUGAAUUUAGAUUUUUAAAAUGUUUUUUUAAUUUUUGUAACUCUGUUUUAUUUGGCUGUAAACCGCCCUGAGUCCCUCGAGAGAAGGGCGGUAUGUAAAUUAAACUAAUAAAAUAAAUAAAAAUAAAGAUGACACAACAGUGAUUGGUCUCAUUCGAGACAAUGACAAAUCCGCAUAUAGAUGAGAGGUCGAAUGACUAGCCUUGUGGUACAACCAAAACAAUCUGGAACUGAACACACUCAAAAUCGUAGAAAUGGUGGUAGACUUUAGGAGAAACCCUUCCAUACUUCCACCUCUCACAAUACUAGACAACACAGUUUCAGCAAUAGAAACCUUUAAAUUUCUAGGUUCUAUCCUAUCACAAGAUCUAAAAUGGACAGCUAACAUCAAAAACAUCAUCAAAAAAGGACAACAAAGAAUGUUCUUUCUGCGCCAACUCAGAAAGCUCAAACUGCCCAAGGAGCUGCUGAUUCAGUUCUACAGAGGAAUUAUUGAGUCUGUCAUUUGCACCUCUAUAACUGUCUGGUUCGGUUCUGCAACCCAACAAGAAAGACACAGACUUCAGAGGAUAAUUAGAACUGCAGAAAAAAUAAUUGCUACCAACCUGCCUUCCAUUGAGGACCUGUAUAGUGCACGAAUCAAGAAGAGGGCCAUGAAAAUAUUUACAGACCCCUCGCAUCCUGGAUAUAAACUGUUUCAACUCCUACCCUCAAAACGACGCUAUAGAGCUAACAACUAGACACAAGAAAAGUUUUUUCCCGAAGUCCAUCACUCUGCUAAACAAAUAAUUUCCUCAACACUGUCAAACUAUUUACUAAAUCUGCACUACUAUUAAUCUUCUCAUCGUUCCCAUCACCAAUCUCUUUCCACUUAUGACUGUAUGACUGUAACUUUGUUGCUGGCAAUCCUUAUGAUUUAUAUUGAUAUAUUGACCAUCAAUUGUAUUGUAAAUGUUGUUCCUUGAUGAACAUAUUUUUUCUUUUAUGUACACUGAGAGCAUAUGCACCAAGACAAAUUCCUUGUGUGUCCAACCACACUUGGCCAAUAAAAAAUUCUAUUCUA